AUGGCCCCUCUAUCCGAGCGAAUAGGCGGCAUCUCGAUGGCGCUUUAUAAUCUGGAGCUUCUCAUACUGCUCGUCGCCAACGUCAGCUGUCUACUUUUUCUGCAAGUGUUGCGGAGAACAAAAUGCUUUCAUUUGAAUCUUCGGCUACUUUUGGCAAAUUUCUCAUUCACUUUCAUCCUGGUCAUCGUUUCCCGAUAUUUGAUCAUCGCUCCCUUGUGGGUGGCUUACGCGUUUGAUAUUGAUGUUGGCGGGAUACCUUACUGCCGGUUCGCGAAAACACUCCACGAUACGGCUAUUUACGUGACCGGUCUAGGGUUGGCUGUUUUGGUGAUAGAACGAACCGUCGCAACAUUAUUCGUACGAAUUUACGAGACGACGGAGCGGAGGUCCGUGGGGAUGGCGCUGUUGGUGCUUCAGUGGGUUUUUGGGCUGCUGUUUGUGCUGGCCAACCAAAUCGACGCUGCCGACCAACGGACGGAAAAGCUGGCCUGUCAGAUGGAAUACACUUCUCAUCGCGCCUUGCUCAUCUCGCUGCUCACCAUCAUUGCCAUGGACGCCAUUGCCAUGCUGGUCUUCCUCGCCCUGCUGAAGAUCAACCAACAAAAUUAUCGUAGUCGAGCCCGGCAGGCGACUCACCCAAAGUUAUCCGAACGCUAUCAGACCGCGGAAAAUAUUCGCGCCACCCGACUGCUAUUUCCGCUGGUGGUGGCCUAUUUAUUGGCCUCCCUGCUGGCCGGUGGCAUCCUACUUUUCGGUCUCUACAACUACGACAAAACCUCUCCCCGCGCUUUCCGGUUGCGAUAUCGAGCCGUUUUCCAAAGUUUUGACCUCAUCACGGCCUUUUACGCGGCCAUGUUUCCGUAUUUGGCCAUGUACGGACAUAGCUCGUUGUUGACGGCGAUGAAGUCGACGAUAUUUGGUGCAAAAGAUCCGGUAAAUCGGGACCCAGAAUCGAUUCCGUUGUCGAUGGAUGGACGACGUCUCGUCGUGCCCCCCAGACGAGAAGCUGAGAUCCAUUUCGCACAUCUCGACGCGAUAUGGAAUCGGCCAACC